CUUUAGUCAAUAUAAUAUGUGUAUGGCUCAAGACAAGAAUUCCGAGGCGAUAACUUUUUAGAUUGUUGCACCAUUAAAAAGUCUGAUCCUUUGCUUUAUUGUAUUCCUAUUUUAUUAUUUUGCUGUACUAAUUAGUCCAUAUGGCUCGUUUCCCAAGCAUGGACGACAAGUGUUCUGUUUUAUAUUUAUCGCGUCUGCAUCUGGACGACUUGAGCUUGGAUCAUCUCACGGACAGUAAAAGACAACAAAUCCAGCAGCUGCAUCUCACUUACAAUCGUUUAUCGUUUCUUCCACCUUCCGUUUGUUUUCUGUUCAACCUGGAAUACCUGGAUAUCAGCAAUAAUGCGCUCACAGUCAUACCAGAUGACAUUAUGCGCCUAACAAACCUAAAGACGUUUGUAGCAAAGAACAAUCUUCUGGACGAGUCCUCGUUCCCUAAGGAGUUCGAACGCAUGCAGGUAGAGACUCUGAAUCUGAGUGGGAACAGGUUUGAGGACAUUCCCAUGCAGUUUCUCAAAAUGACCACACUACAGUCUCUGUCACUUGGAGGAAACAGAUUGAAGAAUAUCCCUGCAGAAAUAGAGAACCUGACCAGUCUAGAGAUGCUGUAUUUGGGAGGAAACCUCAUCUCCUCCAUCCCACCUGAGGUGGCUAACCUCAUCAGUCUGAGAUACCUGGUUCUAUGUGACAAUCGCAUCCAAAGCAUUCCGCCCCAGCUCAACAAACUACACUCCCUGCUCUCUCUCAGUCUCCACAACAACCUGCUGACCUUCCUCCCUCGUGAGAUCCUCAGCCUCGUCCAUUU